UCCUGUCCCUUCAACAGCACGUCUACUUACAGCUUCAACACACAACCUCAAUAUGGCAGACGAACAGAAAGCUGGUGCAGCUCCAGCUGACAAAGGAAAAGCCCCUGAAGAAACUCCCGUCACUACAACCACCCAAGCCGAAUCCGACAACGAAGAAGAACAAGAGGACACGACAGCUCCAAGCACAGCUGCAGGCACAGCAAGCAAGAAGAAGAAAUCGAAACGAAAGCGCGUCAAAGCUGCGCUCGGUGGUGGAUCAGCCGAGGGGUCAGAAAGUGCCUCCAGAGAUGACCUCAACAAGGCCGUCGGCGGCCUCGGCGCAGCAGACAUCCAGCAAAUACUGAAGAUGAACCCAGCGCUGGCACAACAGAUGGGUGUAGGCGAAGGCAGCGAGCUCUCAGACAAGAAGAUACAGGAGGCGAUGAAGAAGCUAAAUCUAGAGGAGAUUAUGACGGGAUUGGCGUCCAGUGGGAAGAACGUCAAGGAUAUGGCGAGCUACAAGUUCUGGCAGACGCAACCUGUGCCGAAGUUUGGAGAGAGCUCUGGACCCGUCGAGGAGGGGCCAUUUAAGAUUGUGGAUAUUGAGAAGGUGCCUAAAGAACCUGGACCAUUGCUGCCAGGUUUCGAGUGGGUGACUAUGGAUUUGACGAAGGAAGAGGAGAUCCAGGAGCUGUUCUCAUUGCUUUAUGGGCAUUAUGUUGAGGAUGAUGAGGCUAUGUUCAGAUUCAAUUACUCGGAAUCUUUCCUCAGAUGGGCCCUUAUGUGCCCUGGCUGGACCAAGGAAUGGCAUGUUGGUAUCCGUGCUUCUGCUUCCCGCAAGCUAGUUGCUUUCAUUUCAGCCAUUCCCGUGGCCCUACGUGUCCGAAAGAAGGUUCUCCAUGCCUCGGAGGUCAACUUCAUGGUGGUUCACAAGAAGCUGCGAUCAAAGCGUAUGGCUCCAGUCCUCAUCAAGGAGAUCACCCGCCGCUGUUACCUUCUCAAGACUUGGCAAGCUAUCUACACUGGGGGUGUUGUACUCCCCAAGCCAGUCAGCACCUGCAGAUACUUCCAUAGAUCUCUUGAUUGGCAGAAGCUGUACGAGGUUGGAUUCAGCCCGCUACCUGCCAACAGCAAGCCUCAAUACCAAAUCCGCAAAUAUGCUCUUCCAGACCACACUGGAACCAAGCAUCUACGGCCCAUGGAGGAGAAGGACAUCGAUGGUGUUCUCGACCUUUUGAGGCGGUACUUGGAUAGGUUCGACAUGGCUCCUAUGUUCACGAGAGAGGAAGUCGAGCAUUGGCUGUUAUACAAGAAGACUUCUCCAGAAGAACAAGUAGUCUGGUCAUACGUCGUAGAAGUAAGGCAUAAAUCUUCACCUGACCUAGCACUGUACUAACCAGACCAGGACCCAUCAACCAAGAAACUUACCGAUUUCUUCUCCUUCUACAUCCUCGAAUCCUCCGUCAUCAACAAUGCCGCCCACAAAAACGUCCGCGCCGCUUACCUCUUCUACUACGCCACGGAGCACGGCCUGUCCCCGCAAUAUUCCCGCGCAGAUCUCAAGAAACGCCUCAAUGAACUCAUGAACGACGCGCUCAUCCUCGCCAAGAAGUACAAAUUCGAUGUCUUCAAUGCUUUGACGCUGCUAGACAACACUCUGUUCUUGGAGGACCAGAAAUUCGGUGCAGGUGAUGGCCAAUUGCAUUAUUAUUUGUAUAACUAUAACACGAACGCCAUUGCGGGUGGUGUUGAUGCGAGGAAUAAUGUGGACGAGAAAAAUGGGAGUGGGAUGGGUGUGGUGAUGUUGUAGUCAGUCUAGGGUGGUCCGCAUGGCUGCUGAAGAAAAAGGUGUGCAAAAAGAGGAUGUGAACUUGCAUGGCUGGAAUACCCAAAAUACUAGCGAAUUGCGAGAUUGAAUCAAAAGAGAACACUGUGCCUGGGCAUUGAAUUCUUCAUAAAUUUACUUCGAGUGACAGCCUAAAUUCCAACUGCAGUUAUCUUCGGCGCCAACU